CGGGAACACGGGGUAAGCGACACACACAAAAAUGCUGGAGGAGCUCAGAAGAGUAAGGCUGCUUAACCAGCGCCGGAACGAAAUGAAAGUGCGUUGUGACGGGGGAAUCAUGAAUGGGUAGGAAGAAAUGGAAGAAAGGAAGUCCUUUUAUUCAUAGUUAUCCAUUUUAAGAAGAAUUAUCCGUUACAAGCAGGUUCCAGUUUCACAGACAUCCAUAAGCAAAAUCCCUUGUUAAUAUGGAGGAACAUCCAACGUCCUCGCAGACAGAACUGUGUGCAGAUUCUUUCCAUUGCAUAAUGUGACAUGAAUUCGCUGGUUGCUUAUGACUCCUCAGAUUCAGAGUCAGAGAAUGACAAAAGUGAAGAAAUCAAGUACACUCGGGACAAAGAUAAUUUUGCUCAUUCUAACUUUGAACUUCAAUCUGUAUUUCCAACUACCUCAAGAAUGGAAACAUCAGGAUGUGGUCAUCAGGUAAAAAUGGCCUCAACUGGUAGCAAUGUGGAUUGCAGUUUGAAUAGUACACAGAAUUUUGCACAGCGACACUUUGGUGUAACUUCCAGACCAGCAGUGAUGACUCUAAAUGAUGAGUCUUGCUUCCAGGUUUCUAAAGGUGUCCAUGAAAAUUCACUGCCUCUGGUGCAGAAAUCUGGCAGAACUGGAAAGAUGAUCCCUUCAGCUCAGAAAAGAUUACUUCAAGAUUCAAUGACUGGAACUCAAAAUAUUAAACCUUAUGUACCCAAGCGAUUGAGGGAGAAAGAAGCUGCAUGUAAUAAAAGCAACAAACUUCAAGAAAGCAGAGACAUUUUGGACACUGGGAUAGAUUGUACUGCACCAGCAGAAUACCAGUUAGGUCUGCUAAGCAAAGUUUCAGACUUCAUAAAGCCCUAUUUGGAGAGCCAACACAAGACCUCAAAAAUCCCUAAACACUUGGUGUUUCAGAUGUCUCAGCAUAGUGGACCAGUUACCACAAUACAGUGGUGUCCGGUGGAACAACACAGCCAUUUACUGCUCUCUGCCUCCAUGGAUAAGUCAAUAAAGAUAUGGGAUGCCAUUGAAACAGGCAGGUGUUUAAAGACGUACUUCGGCCAUUCAGGGGCUAUCCGUGAUGCUCAGUGGUCUUUGUGUGGAAGACAGGUUCUCAGUGGUGGAUUUGAUUCCAUGCUCCAUCUCACAGAUAUUGAAACAGGUAAACAAGUCAACAGUUUUUGUAAUGAAUUUCAAAUCACUUGCUUGGCGUUCAGUCCUACAAAUCAAAAUGUCUUCUUGAGUGGAGGUUUCAGCUCAACAGUGAGAGCAUGGGAUACAAGAAGUUGCAAGGUGGUGAAUGACUACAAUGCUGGAAUACAGCAAACACUCGACAUUCUUUUCCUUCCAGGAGGAAAUGAAUUUCUUACCAGUACAGAUGCUGUCAGCAGAGACUCAGCAGACCGUACAAUCAUAGCCUGGGAUUUCCAGACUUCUGCUCGAAUAUCCAAUCAAAUAUUCCAUGAACGAUACACCAUUCCAUGCAUGGCUCUCCAUCCCAAAGAACCUGUCUUUGUUGCUCAAACUAAUGGCAACUACAUGGUGCUGUUUUCUACUCAGAGACCUUACAGGAUGAACAAAAGGAAACGAUACGAAGGGCAUAAGGUGGAAGGUUAUGCAGUGGGCUGCAAAUUUUCAAGCGAUGGAACUCUAAUAGCUUCAGGAAGUUCCGAUGGGACAUUAUGUUUUUACAACUAUCUGAAUUCAAAACUGGUCCAUACUCUGCCUGCCCACAAGCAAGCCUGCGUUGAUGUUUCAUUUCACCCCGUGCACCCAUCUAUUAUCGCAUCUUCUGACUGGAGUGGAGAAAUCAAAUUGUGGCAGUGAUGAUCGGUUAAACAGCAUAAGUGGGAGGUAAACUUGAGGUGUGAGUGAAUAAUAUUGUUCAUUAUUCUGUCUUAGAAUUGGGGAAAAAUAUUCUUUCCCAGCAAAGAAGUUAAAUUAAUUUUCAUUAGUACAUAGAGUAUUGUGCUUAUUGAUUCUGUCAUAGGCUUCAUAUUUUAUAACUCAUAAUAAAUAGAAAUAUGAAGUUUAAACUAGAUUGAGUACCCAGAUGCUAGUUUUGUAGUUCAAUUGGGCUAUGACAAAAUCACAGAUACAGGGACAAUGUUUGAUCCUGUUAAGUUAUACAUAUGAUUCAGUGAACCACUUAUGAACCAACAGACCACAAUUUUAGGCAAUUUUAGCUGCCCCAUCACCUCCCUCUGGUGGUUCUCCCCCUUCCCUUUCUUCCAUGGUCUUCUGCCCUCUCCUAUCAAAUUACCCCUUCUCUAGCCCAGUAACUCUUUCACCUAUCAACUUCCCAGCUCUUUACUUCACCCCUCCCCCUCCCCCUCUCCUGGUUUCGUAUGUCACCUACCCUGUUUUACGCCAUAAUAACAUCCUCAGCUUCUCUGAAUGUAGAGAUUGAGUCAAGAACCAGAAAAGCCUGCUUUGCCUUUAGUCAGCUGAAAGAUCGAGUUUGGUCAAAGAACAUCAGGUUGGCCACCAAGUGCAAGGUAUACAGGGCUGUUGUCAUAUCAACCUUGUUAUACGGAUGUGAGACAUGGUGCCCAUAUCAGAGACUCUUACGCCAGCUUGACCAACUGCAGCAGCACCACCUGUGUUCUCUGAUGAAGAUCACCUGACGAGAUAAGGUCUCCAAUACCGAGGCCCUCUCUCGAGCCAGAAUGCCAGCAGUUUCAACCCUGGUGAUGUCAGCCCAACUGCACAGAGCUCCUGCCCCUGCUGCCCCUCCAGGCCUCACCUGCCAAGCAUGUGGCAAGCAGUGCCUAUCAAGGAUCGGCCUGUACAGCCACUCCAGGAUGCACAUAUUAAACCCCACUAACUGACUGAAAAGAACCAUCAUUAUCCUAUGGGAUGGAUAGCCAGAGAGAGAGGAUGCCACCUACCACCUUGUACUUCUUCCUCCCCUCCCCCCACCAUCUUAGUCUGACUCCUUUCCCUCUUUGUUCCAGUCCCGAUGAAAGGUCUCAGCCUGAAACAUAGACUGUUUAUUCUUUUCCAUAGGCACUGCUUGGCCUGCUGAUUUCCUCCAGCAUUUUGUGUGGGUUGCUUCAGAUUUACAGCAUCUGCAGAUUUUCUCCUGUUUACAAUUUUGGCACUUUUUUUUUGAUUCACUGGUAGCAGCAGAAGCUGAAAUAAUUGUUUCACCAAGAUUGAUACAAUAUACACUUAUAAUCACACUGUGCAGUGUUAUGUGCAAUGUCAUUAACAUAAGAUGUCAAAUGGAAUGGUGUUCCACUCACGAAUGCCCCUUCUCAUUAUGUUACAUGCCAAUGCAGUCCACCUCCACAUCAAAAGUAUGUUAUGGAUUUCACUUUGGAUGCUCAUAAGCCGUUAAUAUAAAUGAAGAUAAUUUUAUGCUUCUCUGAUUAUGUUAUUCAAUAAUGUUUGAUGAUUCAGACUGUGUUGAUCAAUCGAUAAGGAGAACUAUCGACUUGCUGGAGUCAGAAGUGGCUCAAGGCAGCAAUGUUUGUGAUGAGAUAUAUUUUAUGAAGUCGAUUAAAAUUAAUGUUGCCUGCCAUCUUCAAUAAUUAAAAAAUUUAUAAAAGGAAAUGUGUUACAAAUUAUUUUGUUUGAACAAGGAAUUAAAUUUGCUUCCUUCAGUCCUUCUCUUUCUUUUCUUUUUAAAUCUUUUUAUUGAAUAAGUAUACAAAAAGGUAAGCCAUAUAGGCACUAAUACACUGUUAGAAUAUAAUAAAAUUACAGAAGAUAUUAAUACAAAAAAAAUACUACAAACAAUGUAAUUUAAACAUAACGUACCAAGGUAACAUAAUAGUAUACUAAUUUUUAUAUAUAUAUCAAUAGAGAAAAGGAAAAAAAAAUCCCCCAAAAAAAAACCCACCGUGCAACUAACUAAAAGCAAUGCAAAGCAAUGGGCUAACUUGAAACCAGACAGAGUUAAAAAACUUAAAAUCACGUCCUCAAUCCCGACCUCCAUUAAAAACAGUAAAAAAAAACAAGAAGGGUAUAUAUUACAUUAAAUGAACCUUCAGUCCUUCUCUACGUACUGAUCAAAUGAAGUCCAGCUAUGUCAUUCAUUUCUAUUUAGAUGAAUAACUCUUGAAUUUCCUGCUGUAUAUAGAAAUUGUUCUGCAUUAUGUAGACAUUUAGACAUUAUGUUAGAGUUAAAUAUCAUAAAUCAUGGGAUUAAUUCAAAAUCAGUAUCAACUUCGUUCAAACAUUUUAAAACAACAUUGCUUGGAAUCAGUAAAACUUUAGUACUGCCAGUAUUUUAAACAAUGAUUUAGUAUGAUUUAGGAACUCCAUUGGGAUCAUUUCUAUUGGGAUACAAGCAAAUGUCAGGAAUAGAGCAAGAUGAUUAGCAAUCCAGAAAGUCAGCAGAGAUUCAGUGGGUUAAGUUGCAUUCUUCUGUGAUGUAAAAUUCUUGAUGGUGUGCUUUUUCAAAAAUCUGCUGAAAUUGACUAUCCUUAGGUUAAAAAGUGUAAAAGUUGCUUUAAAUGUUCUUUCUGAUUUUGGUUUAUGUUUUCUGU